AUGAAAGGCCUCGGUGACAGCCGCCCCCGCCACCUGUCCGACAGCCUGGACCCACCACACGAGCCCCUGUUCGCAGGGCCUGAUCGCAACCCCUACCUGCUAUCGCCCACGGAGGCCUUUGCCCGCGAGGCUCGCUUCCCCGGGCAGAAUGCUCUGCCGGGGGACGGGCUCUUCCCGCUCAACAACCAGCUGCCACCACCGAGCAGCACCUUCCCCCGCAUCCACUACAACUCCCAUUUCGAGGUGCCAGAGGAGAGCCCCUUCCCCAGCCACGCCCAGGCCACCAAGAUCAACCGGCUGCCCGCCAACCUCCUGGACCAGUUUGAGAAGCAGCUGCCUAUCCACCGCGAUGGCUUCAGCACUCUCCAGUUCCCCCGCGGGGAGGCCAAGGCCCGGGGCGAGAGUCCUGGCCGCAUCCGCCACCUGGUCCACUCAGUCCAGCGGCUCUUCUUCACUAAGGCGCCCUCCCUGGAGGGCACGGCAGGCAAGGUCGGCGGCAAUGGCGGCAAGAAAGGUGGCCUGGAGGACGGCAAGGGCCGGAGGUCCAAGAGCAAGGAGCGGGCCAAGGCUGGGGAGCCCAAGCGGCGCAGCCGUUCCAACAUCUCGGGCUGGUGGAGCUCCGACGACAACUUGGAUGGUGAGGGUGGCACCUUCCGCAGCGGUGGCCCAGCCUCUGGACUGAUGACGCUAGGCCGCCAGACAGAACGCAGCCAGCCACGCUACUUCACGCACGCCUACAACACCAUCAGUGGGCACGUGCUCAGAGCCGCCAAGAACAACACCGCCGAGCUGACAGCCCCGCCACCUCCGCCGGCACCCCCGGCCACCUGCCCCAGCAUUGGGGUGGGCGCUGACACCAACUAUGUCAAGCGGGGCUCCUGGUCCACCCUGACCCUCAGCCACGCCCAUGAGGUCUGCCAGAAGACCUCAGCCACCUUGGAUAAGAGCCUGCUAAAGUCCAAAUCCUGCCACCAAGGUCUUGCCUACCAUUACCUGCAGGUGCCCGGAGGCGGCGGCGAAUGGACCACCUCUCUGCUGUCCCCGCGCGAGGCGGACUCCACGGGCGAGGGCCCCAUCCCGUGCCGGCGAAUGCGCAGCGGCAGCUACAUCAAGGCCAUGGGCGACGAGGACAGUGACGAGUCCGGCGGCAGCCCCAAGCCCUCCCCCAAGACGGCGGCGCGGCGCCAGAGCUACCUGAGGGCCACGCAGCAGUCGCUGGGAGAGCAGAGCAAUCCCCGCAGGAGUCUGGACCGGCUGGACUCAGUGGACAUGCUGCUGCCCUCCAAGUGUCCGAGCUGGGAGGAGGACUAUAACCCCGUCAGCGACAGCCUCAACGACUCCAGCUGCAUCAGCCAGAUUUUUGGACAGGCCUCCCUGAUCCCCCAGUUGUUUGGCCACGAGCAGCAGGUACCAAGAUGGCCUGAGACAUGGGUCAGACAGACCCCUCCAGAACCCUUGGAGAGUGUAUGUAUGGUACGGGAGGCAGAUCUGAGCGACCAGUAUGAGGCAGCCUGCGAGUCGGCCUGCAGUGAAGCAGAGUCGACCGCGGCGGAGGCUCUAGACUUGCCGCUGCCCAGCUACUUCCGCUCCCGCAGCCACAGCUACCUGCGCGCCAUCCAGGCGGGCUGCUCGCAGGAGGAGGACAGUGUUUCCCUGCAGUCCCUUUCCCCCCCUCCCAGCACUGGCAGCCUCAGCAAUAGUCGCACGCUUCCGAGUUCAUCGUGCCUAGUGGCGUAUAAGAAGACCCCGCCACCGGUCCCUCCACGCACCACAUCAAAGCCGUUCAUCUCCGUCACGGUCCAGAGCAGCACUGAGUCUGCCCAGGACACCUACCUGGACAGCCAGGACCACAAGAGCGAAGUGACGAGCCAGUCCGGCCUGAGCAACUCGUCGGACAGCCUGGACAGCAGUACCCGGCCGCCCAGUGUGACACGGGGCGGAGUCACCCCAGCCCCUGAGGCCCCUGAGCCACCCCCAAAACAUGCAGCUUUGAAGAGCGAACAAGGGACGCUGACCAGCUCCGAAUCCCACCCUGAGGCCAUUCCCAAAAGGAAACUGUCAUCUAUAGGAAUACAAGUUGACUGCAUUCAGCCAGUGCCAAAAGAGGAGCCCAGUCCCGCUACCAAAUUCCAGUCCAUCGGGGUUCAGGUAGAGGACGACUGGCGAAGCAGCGCCCCCUCUCACAGCAUGUCCUCCCGACGGGACACCGACUCGGAUACCCAGGAUGCCAACGACUCGAGCUGUAAGUCAUCUGAGAGGAGCCUCCCGGACUGCACCCCACACCCCGACUCCAUCAGCGUCGAUGCCGGCCCCCGGCAGACCCCCAGGAUUGCCCAGAUCAAGCGCAACCUCUCCUAUGGAGACGACAGCGACCCUGCCUUAGAGGCAUCCUCGCUGCCCCCGCCUGACCCCUGGCUGGAGACGUCCUCCAGCUCCCCCGCGGAGCCAGCACAGCCAGGGGCCUGCCGCCGGGACGGCUACUGGUUCUUGAAGCUGCUUCAGGCAGAAACGGAGCGGCUGGAAGGCUGGUGCUGCCAGAUGGACAAGGAGACCAAAGAGAACAGCCUCUCUGAAGAAGUCUUAGGGAAAGUCCUCAGUGCUGUGGGCAGUGCCCAGCUACUGAUGUCACAGAAAUUCCAGCAGUUCCGGGGCCUCUGUGAGCAAAACUUGAACCCUGAUGCCAACCCACGUCCAACAGCCCAGGACCUGGCAGGGUUCUGGGACCUGCUGCAGCUGUCCAUCGAGGACAUCAGCAUGAAGUUUGAUGAACUCUACCACCUCAAGGCCAACAGCUGGCAGCUGGUGGAGACCCCCGAGAAGAGGAAGGAAGAGAAGAAACUACCCCCUCCGGUCCCAAAGAAGCCAGCCAAAUCCAAGCCGGCAGUGAGCCGCGACAAGGCCUCUGACGCUGGGGACAAGCAGCGUCAGGAGGCCCGCAAGAGGCUCCUGGCGGCCAAGCGGGCAGCUUCCGUGCGGCAGAACUCAGCCACGGAGAGUGCGGACAGCAUCGAGAUUUAUGUCCCUGAGGCCCAGACCCGGCUCUGAGACCAGGAAGCAGGAAGCAAACAAUUUUAAGUCAUUAAAAAAAGAAACCUACAAACUAAAUGCAAAAGGAACAAAAUUUUCUCAACCUUUAGUGUGGUUAUUCUGUCUAGAGACCCUGAGCCAACUUUCAAAUUGACGCAUUCAAGGGCUCACAAUUUGGCUUUUUUGGGUCCCUCCCAGCUUUAGGUUAUGAAGACUUCACACAAAAAAAUCAACAGAAACACAAAACUAUAAAACUUUUUUUUCCUCUUGCUGGCCGCGGUGGACUAGAUAGAUGGACUUCGGCAACGCCCCGGCCCAGCCUCCAGACUACGGUCUUUUUACUUGCUCUAUCUAAUGAGAACUUAAACUAGCUUGUUUACAAGAUGAUGACAGCCCAAGGGCAGCCUUGGGCACCUGCCAUGUCCUUCUUCCUUUUCCUGGCUACCCCAGCUCUGACCUUGGAGUUUUCCUUCUUAUGUUUUUCUCUUUUCCCUUAAGAGCUCACACAGGGGUCACCAUUCUGACUAUUGGCUUUCUGGUUCUCAGCCCUUUUUGUGGGUGAGCCCAGAAGACAGAGAGAUGGACACGCGUCCCCUCCCCCACCAAGUGCUCACACACGCACACGCGCACGCGUGCAGAUAUAGGUUCCUCUCAGCAGAAGCAGCCCUCCCACUGUGAUCUGCCAGCCCCAGGCAGCGUCAGGCGGGUGACUCGCCUCUCUGAGACCAUGAGGAGGGCUGAAGUCUUUGGGGGUGGGGUGGGGGGAAU